AUGAGACCUCCUAGGGGACGCGGCGGUUUUGGUGGCGGUGGCUUCAGGGGCGGAAGAGACGGUGGUGGUCGUGGCGGUAGAGGCGGAGGCCGAUUCGGUGGCGGCCGCUUCCCUCCUCGCGACGAAGGUCCCCCAGCUGAAGUUAUAGAGGUUUCAUCAUUUGUUCAUGCUUGUGAGGGAGAUGCUGUGACGAAGCUCACAAAUGAAAAAAUACCAUACUUCAACGCACCAAUUUACCUUCAGAACAAGACACAGAUCGGUAAAGUUGAUGAAAUAUUUGGCCCCAUUAAUGAAUCUUAUUUUUCGAUUAAAAUGAUGGAAGGAAUUGUGGCCACCUCGUAUUCAGCUGGGGAGAAGUUCUACAUUGACCCGGCUAAGCUUUUACCACUUUCAAGAUUUCUUACGCAGCCAAAAGGACAAGCUCAAGCUGGUGGUAGAGGGGGAGGACGUGGAGGAGGAAGAGGUGGUGGGAGAGGUGGACGUGGAGGUGGUGGCGGUUUUCGUGGAAGGGGUGCUCCAAGGGGAAGAGGUGGCCCUCGGGGUGGUGGUCGUGGUGGAGGUUUCAGAGGCAGAGGGAGAUCAUAG